AUGGUUUACUUAGACUUCUCCAAAGCCUUUGAUUCCGUUUCUCAUCGAAACCUUCUUUUGAAACUUGAACAACAUGGUAUCUCCGGUUCGUUGUUGAACUGGUUCUCCGACUAUUUGAGCAAAAGACGUCAACGAGUAGUGGUCUACGGAGUGUCAUCCUCGUUUCUCAACGUGACAUCAGGGGUGCCACAAGGCAGCGUACUCGGCCCACUUUUGUUCUUGAUUUACGCAAACGACCUCCCAAAGGCAGCUAAUCAUAGCACAGUGCCCAUGUUUGCUGAUGACAGCAAAUGCUAUCGUCAAAUUACUCAACCACGAGAUAGAGAUCUUCAGGACCUAAAUUACCUCCACCAAAGGUCUACGACGUGGACUUAA